AUGUUGAGACAGCAGCAGACUGCUGCUGGUGGGUCGAUGCACUCGCGUCGACCCGAGACCUUGAAGAUUGACAUCUCCAAGUAUAGUGGAGUCGAAGAGGACUCCCUCUUGAGAUGGUUCGUCGAAUUAGACGACGCCACAAGGGCGCGUCGCAUCGACGACGGGGACAUGCAAGUUGCAUUUGCUCAGUCAAAUCUGGCAGGACGUGCCAAGACUUAG